GACGCGUGACGUCACCGCUAGUCUCCACACCUCCUCGCAGCCGCGGUCAUGGCCGCCUCCUCUGCAGCGUCGUCGCCCUCCUCGGCCCCCCGUGCCCUGGGGACCCUGCGCGCCCUGUGCGGCCUCCACGUGCUGGACGACGUGCGCAGGAUGAACAAGCGGCAGCUUUACUACCAAGUACUCAACUUCGGCAUGAUCGUGUCGUCGGCGCUAAUGAUCUGGAAAGGCCUCAUGGUGGUGACGAACAGCGAGAGUCCCAUCGUCGUGGUGCUGAGUGGCAGCAUGGAACCGGCGUUUCACCGCGGAGACCUGCUCUUUCUCACAAACCACCAAGAGACGCCAAUUCGCGUAGGGGAGAUCGUGGUGUUCAAGGUGGAGGGACGAGAAAUCCCCAUCGUCCACCGCGUCAUCAAAAUCCACGAAAAAGAGAACGGAGAGGUGAAGUUUCUAACGAAAGGAGACAACAACUCCGUGGAUGACCGUGGCCUGUACAAGCCAGGCCAAAACUGGCUUGAGCGCAAGGAUGUGGUGGGCCGGGCACGCGGGUUUGUUCCCUACAUUGGAAUUGUGACAAUUCUGAUGAACGACUACCCCAAGUUUAAGUACGCGCUGCUCGCCUGCUUGGGUCUUUUCGUUCUCAUACAUCGUGAGUGACGGAGGAGGGAGGGAGCUCGGUUCCCCGAUACACGUCCUGUACGUUCACACGGCAGUGCGCUGCGUGUCGCCACCGCCGUACGAUCCACACGGAAACACCGAGCAGUGCAGCCGCACGUCACGGGGUUCCCCGCCUCCCUUAGCACCGCCAGCAGAGCCAACUGCACCAGCGUGUCAUCAAUAAACAUCACAGUCGCUUAGCAACACCUAAGCACGCCAUACAUGUACCAGACUUAGGGUUUACACAACAACUUUUACAGCAGGCUAAUAGUAUCUUAAAGGUCACAUGUAAAGUGUAUCCUCCCUAUGGACUUAUGCUUCAAGCCAGGAUGGUUAAUUUGUAUGGCUCUCCUAAACACACGUUUGACUGGCUCUAAGCCUCCACAAUAAACAUCUGUCAUUAGGAAUUCAUCUGCAUUUAUUUUGCCCAUAUCACAAACCCGCACUGAUCAGUGCGGUGAAGUACGGUCGUUAUAUGCCAGCAUGGUUAAUUUCUAAAUAAACUUGUGUGCUGCAUCUUCAUGGCUUGCUGUUGGAGCAUACAUUAGAAUUACAUUCAACUUACAAUGCUGCAGGAGCCUAGGUGUGAGCUGGGCAACUGUCCGCAGCACUCCUAACAUUGUAUGGUUCUGAGAGAGACUCAGGCCCGUAUUCUUAGUCACGGCUCGGCUCAGGUUUGGCUCUGGAUUGGAUCAAGUGAUCCAACUCAGAGCCGUGCUUAACAUGAACCAGCUCUGAGCAUGAUCCCAGCCACACCCGGGAAUUCCGUGAGCCGAUCCUGAGCAAAGCCACGGCUGAGCCGCUCAGGCAUCUUUGGAAGUAACGGAGUGGCUCAAGCCUGAGCUGAGCCAAUGGUAAAGGCCAUGCCAGAGCUGAGCCGCGACUGUAAAUACAACCCUAACAACCCCCACUGUUCCAUAAUCAUUUCCACCUGCGAUGUACAAGGUUACACUUUGUUGGUAAUCUCAGUUUAAUCUGUUUUCCCUCCUGAAGAGCAAGUCACUUCUAAAAGUAAUCUCAAGCAAACAGUUAAUUUGUGGUUAUUGCAGGCCCCUUGGUACCUCAAAACUCGACACUCCAACUCAACAUUCCACCCCCACCACUCUGCCCAUGUUGAAACCUUCUCUUCUGUACCAUAUUCUCAUCGAUCCUCUUCACCUUAACCCUCCACCUCCCUUGAGUUUGAGUCUUUCUCUUGCCACUCCUCUCCAAACAUCCACCUGUGCUUCGCCAUUCUGCAAGACGACUUAUCAUGGUGCCUCCUGCUGUCGUCCGUGCCAACAACGGAGUUGCUGUUCGUGGCUGUUCUUUAUAUGCAGUGUCAGAAACCGUACCAUAUUUUGUAAAUCUGUCGAAUAAAGGUUUGGUUUAAAAAUA